GAAGGAAAAAAAAGGAUCAAUUGUUUGGCUAUUGAUUAAUUAAAAUUUAUGUUGAGAUAUAUGCAUGCUUCAUUAGACAUUGUGGGUUACACUCUCAUAUUAUCUGUAUCUCACGGAAUCACCGAGUAGACGGAAUUAUAUGCUUUCGUGCUGAGGCGCACCGGCUAACUCAGUUGAGUCUUACAUCUCGCACCGUCAACAUACAAACGUAAAAUCAUCAUAUAAAAAUUAUAAAAUAUCAAAUUAAUUUGCCAAAUAGAUAAUCUAAAAAUAAAAAUAAAAAAAAAUCAUUUAAAAAUUAAAUUUAAAAUAUUUUUUUAAUAAAGAAAAUUUGUGUUUUUUAAUAUUUUCAUUUCAAUGAAAAAUUAAUAAAUAAAUACUGUAAAAUUUUCUUUUAUUAAUUGCUUUAUCUUUAUGGUAAUAUUUGCUGAUAAAAAAAAAAAAUUAUAUUAAUUUGUAUUAAUGAUUAAUAAGUGCGUGAUUGAAAGAAAUUUUAAUUGAAAAAAAUAAAAAGGGUGAAAAAAAAAAAGAAAAGAAAUAAAUAAAAAAAAAGUGUGACAUUGAAUCGAAUGAAAAUGAACUCCAGACAUAUAAUUGUAUCAUUGUUGAUGUUUUGCUUUAUGACACAAAUUUGUUGUCAACAACAAGAUAAACAAAUAACUGAUAACAAUGAUACAGCAUCAAUUGAAAAUGACAAUACAACUGAUAUGCUAAGAACUGUAUUGAUUAAAAUUAUUUGUGGUCCAUUAACAUCAUUUGAUCGUCAAUUAUUACACGGUGAAUAUUUUAAUUAUACUGAUGAACAAAUAUAUGAUUUUCGUAAAACAGGAUGUCCUAAAAAAUUGAGAAAAAAAAAAAAAUCUAAAUCUAAAAAAUUGAGAAAUAAAAAUUAUCAUAAAACAGCUGAAGAUUAUGAAAUUUUACAAAAUGAAUCAAAAGAAAACACUGAUGAUGAUGAUGAUGAUAAUGAUAAGUCAACAAAUUCACAGUCAAAAGCAAUUCAUAUAUUUAAAAUAUUUUUAAAUGAUUCAUCAAAUAAUGAUAGUUUAAUUGAUGAAUUAAAAAUUGAUAAUUCAACAGUUGGUUUAUUAAAUAAUACUGAUUCAAUUAAAUCUGUCAAUGAAAAAUUAAAUUCAACAGAUAAACAAUUAAAUUUUGAAGAAGAAAAACAAUCAUCAAGUACAGUAGCUGUUAAUGAAAAUAUUGAAACAAGUAUUGCGAGUAAUUUUGAUGAUGAUUCAUCAUCACCAACAGCUUCGAUAUUAAAUGAAACAUUGAUUCAACAAAAAUUAAACAAUUCAAAUGAGCUUGUUGAUGUGACUGAAUUGCCAGUUGAUAGAGCAACAUUGAUUGUCAAUUAUAUUAUUAAUACAAGUGAAAAAUUAUCUAAAAAUAAUUUACCAGUUUAUGAUGAAACAACAAGCUCCGUAAUAAGUACAACUGUGUCAAAAAUUGAUAAUAAAAUUAAAAAUAAAACUGGUAUUUAUGCAGGAUUAGAAUGGGUUGGAGAUGAUGUUUACAGAGUUAUACCAGAAGCAUUAAAUUAUGAAGUUAACAAUGAGGAUGAUGCUGAUGUUGGUGGUAUUAAUUCAUCAGCAAGUAAAAUAACUGAUGACUAUACUGAUGGAUAUCAGUCAAAAGAAAUUGGAACUUCUGGUUAUGGUUUAUCAAGAGAUCAAGAAGCAACUAUGGCCAUUCGAAGAUUAACAAAUCAUGCAAGCAUCGACAGUGAACAAAUGAAAACACUUGAUCGUAUUAAACAACGAUUGCUCACAUUAUCAGGACGUGAUAAUUCAAAUGGUCCAAAAAAUUCACAAAUUUUACGACAACCACUUCCAAUGCUUUUUCCAAUAUGUCAAGUACCAGAUGGUGCAGAUCGUGAAACUUGGUUUAAUUCAAAUUACAUGAAUAUACUAUUUCAAAUGACAUUAAAAUCAAGAAAUCCAAUUGCUGAAACAUUAUUGAGAAUUUAUGUUUUACCACAGCCAAAUUUAACUCAAAAUAAUUUACAAAAAAAUAAUAUAACAAUAUCUGUGUAUUCUUAUACAAAGCCACUAACUAAAAAUCAAGCGGAAAAGGUGUUGCUUGAUUCAGUACAAACAUCUUUAUCAUCACAAGGAAGUCAUCUAGUUUUAAACAUAACAAAAACAGAUACACAAAAUAAUAUUGAAUCAAGAUUUCCAAUGACUAUAUUGCAAUAUGGUCUUGUUAUUGAAGUUAAAAAUCAACAUGGAAUAUUAUUAAAACCAAGAUCAUUUAUUGAAAAUGAUUCAUGCAAUUCAACUAUUAUUUAUAAUCCAGAUGAGAAGGCAUAUCAACGUAUCCCGGUUCUCUUCGUAUUACAAAGAACCUGUUCUCGUUAUACGCGUAUGAAAAAAGGACAAGAAAUAAGUUACGUUAAGUGUGGUAAUGGUAGAAAAAAAAAUAGGCAUUAGAAAAUAAAUAUAAUUAUAAUUAAAUAUAGUGGCAAGAUUUUUUGUGCCAACAGGCCGUUGACUUAAUCACUCAUAUACAAAAUGGUGCUGGUUUUUAAAAAUUAACUUAGUUGAUAAUUUAUAUAUAAAUAAUAAUUUUUUAAAUAAUUAUCUGACAUACCCAAUUUACAAAAAAAAAAAACCUGAAAUUAUUAUUUUAUCAUUAUUUAAAAUUUAAUUAACAUUAAUAUUAAUUGUAUAUAAAAUUAAUUUAGUUUUAUUUACUAUUUCAUCUUUUUUUAAAAACCUAAAUUGUUUUUUAUAAAUUUUUUUUUUCUUCUUGUGUUAGUAUAUAUUUUAAUUAUAAUUUUUUGAUGUUUUUUUAGUGACUGAUUAAUUACCCAAAAGAAAAAAAAAAAAAAUACCAAUCAUUAUUAUUUAAAUAAUAACUGACAAAUUAUUGACUGAAAAAAAUAAAAAAUAAAAAAACAGGAUCUGUAUAUACUUGUAAUUUAUAAUUUCAAAUUUGUGUUUAAAAUAUGUAUUAACAAAGCAAAUUAAAAAAAACUAUAAAAU